AUGCCGUCCUUUGAACAGCCACACAAUGCUCUGCUUGACUUGACUUGGCAGUCGCUGGUCCUCAUUGGUCGCAAAGCUGGCCUAGCGGGGACGGUCAACCGCGGCGCUGUCGCCAUCACCGUGCCUGGAAAACUUCAGGCUAACCAUUGCGACGAUGGCUCGGCUCCCCCCGAGCGCAAGACGAAUCUGCUGGCGCGUGGAGGCACCCGUUCCCUGGCGUCACGAGGCUUGACGCUUUUCGGCGAUACGUCAACAGAGCUUAUAGGCCACCCCCCGGACAAGGUGGCCAACGGCAUAAACAAUGUGUGGCCUCGACCCGAGUGGUUCCCCGGGGCACGAAUCAACUUCACAGAGAACAUUUUGGCUGUGGGGUUGAAGACUCAUCCCGACAGCGUCGCUGUGUCUGCUUGCCGUGAGGCUGGGACGCACUGGCGGCACCUGACCUGGCGACAGCUGCAUAGCCAGGUGGCUCUAUACACGGCCGCCUUGAGGGCAGCCGGCAUAGGAAGAGGCGACCGCGUUGCUGGCGUCCUGUCCAACUCUAUCGAGGCCGUGGUCAUCCUUCUCGCCACGGGCGCGGUUGGGGCCAUUUUCUCCUCCAUGGCGCCCGACAUGGGGGCUGCAGGCAUUGUCAGCAGAUACGCCCAGAUUCAACCAAAGAUGAUUUUCGUAGAUACAGAGGUCCUUUACGCCGGGAAGCGGCGUAUUUUGCAUGAGAAGCUUACCAUGGCCCUCACGCACUUGCGAAAGCGUGUUCCUGGGCUGGGAAAGGUUGUCGUCAUUACAGGCUCGCUUCUUUCAGACCCUGGCUGCAUCACAUUGAACCAGUUUCUUGACGUGCAGCCGUCUCCGCUGCGGUACGAGCAGGUGCCAUUUGAUCACCCCAUUUACAUCUUGUAUUCGUCUGGUACCACGGGAGCCCCGAAAUGCAUCUGUCACUCGGGCGGCGGUGCUCUCCUUCAACAAAAGAAAGAGCUCAUUCUCACCAAUGACAUGAACAGCGAGUCGACAUACUACCAAUACACGACGACAGGCUGGAUGAUGUGGAACUACUUAAUAGGUUCUCUAAGCGUUGGCUCCCACAUCGUUCUUUACGAUGGAAGCCCUCUGUAUCCAAACGCGGCGUUUCAGAUUCAUCUCUUGGAGGAGCAAGGGGUGACUCACUGGGGAACCAGUCCCAAGCUUCUGAACGCCCUGAAACAGUCCGGCUUCAAGAGGACCGAGGCCCUCCAGAACCUCCGCCUGGUCGUUUCCUCCGGGUCUCCUUUAUCGGCAGAAACGUCCCGUUGGUUCAGAGACACGAUGCCCAGUUACGUGGGGCUAUUCAGCGGCUCCGGUGGAACAGACCUCGUCGGCGGAAGCAGGUUUCUCAGUGGCAACUUCUUAUCGACCAUCCACGACGGAGAGCUCGCUUCGCCUCAGCUAGGCAUGGACGUCCAAGUGUGGGACUAUCAAGGCCGAAAUGUUGACGAUGCUGGAGACAAGGGCGACUUGGUCAUCACAACUCCUUUCUUCAGCAUGCCCGUCUGCUUCUGGGGAGACAAAGACGGCAAAAAGUACCGCAAGGCCUAUUUUGACAGGUUCCCGGGCGUGUGGUGUCAUGGUGACUUUGUGCAGAGAAACCCUGCCACUGGCGGCUACGCCAUUCUUGGCCGCAGCGACGGCGUUCUCAACCCUGGAGGUAUGGGCUCCCCUUCCACCAUUCCCCCCAGAAAUCCGCCAUCGGGUACUGAUGUCUGUGAUAAAGGUAUACGCUUCGGUACGGCCGAGAUCUACGCCGUGGUAGAUCAUUUCCCCCAGGUCCAAGACUGCAUCGCAGUUGGACAGCGACGCCCUGGCGAAAGCGACGAGCAGGUCUUGCUGUUCCUCAAGACCGGCACCUCUGAUUUCAACCAGGUCCGUGGCCGGAUUCAAGAGGCAAUCAGAGAGCAACUCUCCCCUAGGCACGUCCCCGCACAUAUUCUUCACGUCAAUGAUAUUCCCUGCACGUCCAAUGGCAAGGUCAUCGAGAUGGUGGUCAAGGCCAUUGUGUGCAAGUCCAGGGUGGCCAAUAUUGACUCGGUAGCGAACCCUGAAUGUCUCGCAGAGUACAGGAAGUUUGCAGAUCUCCCGUCGUCUUCUGGAGAGGCCAAGCUGUAA